AUGCGCAUGGAUGUACAUCUUUUUCUUUUACUUCCUGACCGUUUUCGUUCCGGUCUGUUAAUUCGUGUGAUGUUUCCAUCGACGAUCACAACCCCAGUAGUUCAUCAUUUUUUCCUUCUUCUCCUUUUCUAUUUCAGCUGUGUUCUUUCCACGACAUCAUUAUCCUUUCUUAGGAAGGAUACUAGCUCUUUUUACGGUCUUCUGUAUCUUUUGGCAUUUGUUUCUUAUUGUUUUUCUGUGCUAAACGAAAACAAGAUGAAUAUGCAGAGCACGUCUCGUGGGAUCGAAGAUCUGCUUUACAACCUCGGAUCCUCGUUAGAGAGGUUUAAGGGUGUAAAUGGUCUGCAACGGCUAGUCACCACAGGAAAGCUCUCACUGCUGUCGCUUUUUGGUGAAUUUGAACGCACAAGAGACGAAGUUUAUGAAAAAAGAUCAGCUGCAGUAAAUGAGACGCGCCGGUGUCUCAUACAGAUAGCGGAUGAGUUUGAGGGAAUUACGGGAACUGCGCAAAAACUAGUGCACAAAAUUGAUCAUCUUUUAAACACAUUGGUGUGCUUUCAUCGUGCGUGCGACAUGGAGCUAGAUGAUCGCUCCACUACGGAUGACUCUGAUGCGCAGCAGCUCUUGCGCGACUUCGCACAGAUGCAGGAGAAGAACAACAAGUUGAAGACGUCACUCAACGAUUUCUGCACCUCCACCAGCACCUGCGCAGACUUGACGCGCAGUGCAGUUGCACAAUUAGGGGAAAUGGACACUAGCACUUCUUACGAAGUCUCGGUUGCCUUAACGGACUUUGACCGUCAGCGACGCAGAGUUCAGGUCAGGAGGAACGAGUUCACGAAUGCGAUGAGUAGCGCAUCCUCUCGUCAAGAUCCGGUGGUGCAAUUUGCAGAGUUCAACUAUCUUAAAGAGUCCGAUGCCCUCGAAGGGUAUGGAAGGAGGUACAUUGACUCGCUUGCCGCUGCCAUGACAACCACAGCAUUUGCGCUAGAACAAUCUUCAAUGACGGGAUGGGCCUCCUCCAACGUUUUCUUUGUCCAGCUGGGUCUCUUUUUUCACGAUAUGACAGAAGGCAGCAGAUCCGUCGCGGUAAACUUGCUUUCUGUCAAAAACGCGCAAAAAGUGUCACGUCAACUUACGGACGAAAAACGAACUCUGCUGCAGCAGCAAAGGACAGCGGCGAGAGAUAGCACCACACAGGAGAGGGAAGACGUACAUUACGAAAUCGGAGGCGUUGCGUAUUCGACGACGAUGACAGCAUCUCGCGCUACACCAACGUCCUCCAAUGCAUCUCCUCGCCAAUCUCCAAUGCAUGUGGAUUCAAACAGCCACGUUACUCAAGACCCUGUUCAUCCACAGACCUCCUCCACCUUCUCUACAAGCACGCCUGCAGUUUCCAAAUCGGUAGACCUCAGCGACCUCUUUCAAUGA